GCGCGCCGCUGCGCCUCCCUGCUCUGGUCGCCCCACCGCGGGGGACGCCACGCAGCGCGAGUCAUGCUGUCCGAGCCACAGCCCGGGAUGCCCGUUCUCGAGAAGCACGCGAUGCCGAUCGAGCCUCAGCGGCAGCGCCGGUCGCGGACGAUGUACUCUGCAGAGUACAAGCUGCGGGUCGUGCGUGAGGCGUUGGCCCGCCCACAAGCCUGCCGGAUCAAGCCCACGUGCCGCGAGCACCCGGGCAUCGAGCCGACGCAGCUGCGCAAGUGGAUCAAGAACAUCGACACGCUUGAGUCGCUCGCCGAACUCGAGGCUCGCCAGUUUGAGAUCCGGCGAGACUUUCACGUGAAGAACGGGCAAAAGGCUCUGCUCGGGCCGAGCGCGCAGAGCGGGGAGAGGGAGAUUGUGCAGCGCGAGCAGAAUGCGCAGAACCCGUUCGGACUCGCCUCGGGCAUGCUCGGCACCGUGCAGCAGCUGCAGAGCUUCACGCACUACAUGCAGUCGCUGCCGCAACAGUCGCUGCUGCAGGCGCAGCUCCAGGCCUCCAAACUGUACCACUCGGCGCCCGCGGCGUCGCAGGGGGCAAACGAGGCGCCACACCCGGAUCGCCUCCCCCCCCCCGCGAACGCUGCCAGCGUGCGCGUAUCCCCCCCCCCCCCCCCCCCCUCCCUCCCUCCCUCCCGCUUGCUGCGUGUAGGCACGAUGGAGGCGUGGAUGGCCGCCGUGGAUUCCCCCCACGUGCGCCGUCUGUCGGCCGAGGAGACCAUUGCGGCGGCGCCGGAUGCGUGCGAGUUCGUACCCGGGGCCGCCCCUCAAGUCGGAGAGAAGCGGCCUCGCGCGCUUCCCGCCUCCUCUCCCCCUCUGGCGCCCAAGGAGCUGGCGCUGCAGGACUGGCGCCUAGAUGCCGAAACACGGGAUCUGGUGCAGCUUCCUCCGCACUCUCUCGCUCCGAUGGGAUCUUUCGGCGGGUUCGCGCCGAGCGGCCCGCCGACCGCACCCGUGCCUCCGGCCGCGUCGGGGCCGCUCUGCGGCGCCGACGCCGUCGAGGUGAUUGCGCACAAUGCGAUGCGCGCCGCCGCAGCCGGAGGGAGCAGUGGAGCAAGCAGUGGAGAGGCAGGCGGCGCGGCGCCGCAGGAAUGGUCGCCGCCGCUCGACUGUGCCGUGCCGGCGGCCGAGCCGCUGGGCCCGUUUGAGGCAUUCUGCCCCGCCGCCGUGCGCUCGCACGACGGUCGCUCGCCCGGCCUCCCGAACGGCGCGGGGUUGGUGAUGUGGUGAUUCUGAAGGCGCCGGGCCGUGUCGCUUUGCCCGCCGUUUGGCGUGUGAGGGGACGCCGCUAGGGGAGGCGGGCGGGGGGGGGGGGGUGCCGCCCCCCUGCCACACUUACGGUCGCAUGAUCUUGCUCGUCGCGGCAGAGCAGGCAACGAGCAGGCACUCUACGUACGCUACGGUCUGGUCUGUCUGGGAGGAUCGAGCAGGGCGUCGGGCCACCGUCUCCGAAUGACAGCACUCGUGUCGGCCACGUCGCCUCCACGCCGCACCCGCGACGGGACGCGCCACGACCUGCGAGGCUGCUAGUACUCUCGAACUCUUACGAGGAAGUCGCGAUGCAUAUUCGGUCCGGGCGUCUCGCCUGGUGUACACUUGCUAUAUAUUUCUCGGGUCCGUUGGCCUCUUUUGUAGGGAAGAAUUUUGAUACCC